GACACCGGCGACAGUGGCGGAGCGGCAACUCGACGGCGAUGAGCAGCGACUGGCGGCGCUGCAAUCGACGGCGGCGGACGACCGACGAAGGCGAAACAGCGGCGUUGCACUCGACGGCGAGGAUGGCCGCUGUGCAAAGGGCGACGGCGGCGCUCGAUUCCGGCGAAGGCGAAGCAGUAGCUGGAAGCUCGGCGACGGCGGCUGGAGGCUCGGCGACGCUAAGCGGCGGCUACUGGCGAAGGAAGCAGCGGCGGCGCUGCAACUCGGCGGCGCUGCAAUCGACGGCGGCGAUGAGCGGCGACGCCGGCGGCUGGCUGCUCCAGUUGGACGGCGACGACCGGCAGCUGGCUCACGGCGGCGCUGCACCAAUCGGCGAUGAUGGCGGCGAGGCUGGAGAAGGGCGAUUGGCUGCGGCGAGGCUGGGGAAGGCGACGGCGGCUCCAAUUGGACGGCGAACGACCGGCUGGGGAACUUCCGGCGGCGAUCGAUCGGCGAAGAAGAAGAAGAAGGAGAAGAAGAAGAAGAAGAAGAAGAAGAAGAAAAAAGAAGGAGAACGGACGAAGAAGGAUAAGGUUUCUACGGCUGAAAUUAGUUUAGGUUUAUUUAAUGGUCCCAUUCCAAAAAGGAUUGGGCUUCGGACCCAAAAUACCUGAUUUAAUGGUCAUAACUUGAGCUCCAUAACUCCGAUUCGCGAGCCGUCUGAACCGACGCGAUCACAAAAAUAUUUCCUACGAGAUGACAUAAAAGUUGGGCUUAAAAUCCAAAUUAUAAUUUUAACCCCUUAUUGGGCCCAAUUCGUAAUCAAUUGCUCUAACAAUU